AUGUCUUCGUCAAAAACUGAUGACGCGUCCGCUUUGUUGUUGAAGAUAUCAUCUUUGCAGGUCGAACUUUCACACCUCCAACGCCGGUAUGAUGCUCUGCUUGCCACCAAAGAGCGUGCCGCUGCAAGGUACAAGGCCGACUACAAAAAGUGGCGAGCCUUCAAGCAUUGGCUUUGCGAAAGCUCCGAUGGUGGCAAGGAGGUCCAUCACUUGCUGAAGGAUAGCAACUAUGAUGCUUACCGGAGAUCCUCUGGCAUCGACAAACGACGGAAAUUUGACGAAAUUGUUCCGGACGUACGUGCGUUUGACGACGCUGAGGAGCAGAUGAAAUCCAGGACGCCACCUGACGCUUUCGACAAGCAGGAGGAAGUAUCAUCAACUCCACACGCUUUGCGGAAACAAACGACUGUUUCGACGAAAGUUGAGGUCCAGCUCGCCACUCCAUCCAAACUCCCGCUUCUGUUGCAUGAACAUUCUGAGGGGAGCAAAUAUGCACAUAUCGAAGGUUUACCACCUGGCACAUCUGUGUUACAGAGCACCAACUCACAUCAAGAUCUGCGCCAGAGACGUGGGCGAUAUGCCCAAGCUACCAGUGCGACCACUAUCAAUUCGCGCUUCACGAUAUGCAAAGAACGCAAUCACGGCGUAGACUUCCAGUAUGACGAUGUGGUCAAGACCCGUGAGGAGCGAAAAAGGAUGCUUGCUGAUGAUUGUGAUUGUUGUCGUGGUUAUUAUGAAGCCGUCGGACCGCUGCCCAAGCCUCUCCAGCAACCCCUUUGGCGUUCGCCCUCUUCAACCCCCAACAAGAAACGCCAGUUUUUUUUUGACAGCCUCUCAGACUGCAAAGAAAACCGCGAAGACAUCGAACGCCACAAGAAAGAUAUAUCACGACAUCGGCACCAUUGGUAUCGUGCUAAGACACCACCCGGCUACUGGGACAUCGGGUUCCCUGACACACAAGAGACAUCUGACAUCAACCAGCGUGCCGCACAGAUGUAUGCACAGAAAUUGGGAGAGGUUGAGAGCGAGGCACGAUUUCUUGGAACUCAUGACAUCACGUAG